GCGACUGGGUUCUCCCUCCGUAAUGAUCAGAUCCAGGGAGAGAGAGAGCAGUAAUGGCGGCCGGUUAGAGCCACAUACAAACACCGUCCGCAAUCAGCCGCACUCACCGCAGCCCUCCGGGGGCAGCUAGCCUCACACACCGCGGCGGAGCCAGCGCGACAGACACGGAGCGGAUAUACGGGAUUUAAGGGGGGGACGGGAAUCCUUCAGUGGACCGUUGCUGCCUGGGACUUUCCUUCUACUUUUCUAAAAAAAAAAAAAAAAAAAACAUGGAUGAGCACCCCGGCGGAGGAGGAGGGGUCGGAGCCCAGAGACAGCCUCCGCCGCCGCAACAGCAGCAAGGGAGCAACAGCAGUGCUAACGUUAAUCCGCCGAUCGGAGGUGGAGGUGGCGGAAUCAUGGUACCGCACCAGCCGGACGAGCUGCCCCGGCCGCAGCAGCAGUACACCAUUCCCGGCAUCCUGCACUACAUCCAGCACGAGUGGGCCCGGUUCGAGAUGGAGAGGGCGCACUGGGAAGUGGAGAGGGCCGAGCUCCAGGCGAGGAUAGCGUUCCUGCAGGGGGAGAGGAAAGGGCAGGAGAACCUGAAGAACGACCUGGUUAGAAGAAUAAAAAUGUUAGAAUACGCUUUAAAACAGGAAAGAGCAAAGUACCACAAGUUAAAAUACGGCACAGAGUUAAACCAAGGGGAGAUGAAGAUGCCAAGCUUUGAAUCAGACGCCAAAGACUCCGAGGUCUCUGCUGUUCCUGCCAACAGUCAGCUCACCUGGAAACAAGGAAGACAACUACUCAGACAGUACCUGCAGGAGGUAGGAUACACAGACACCAUCCUGGACGUUCGUACGCAGAGGGUUCGAUCUCUGCUCGGCCUGUCGGGCUCCGAGCAGAACGGAUCUGUGGAGAACAAGAACCUGCAGCACCUGAUCAACGGGACGGAGCGCCGCAAGGACAGCAAAAGGAGUCCAGGUGACGUUCUGGAGACGUUCAACUUCCUGGAGAACGCGGAGGACAGCGACGAAGACGAGGAUGAGGAGGGAGACCUGAUGGACGAUAUCAGCACUGACAAACACCACCGAGCCAAGAAACACAAAACCAAGGUGGGGAACGAGGGCUUGGCAUCGGAGGACGACGCAGACACGGAGGAGGCUCUGAAGGAGUUUGACUUCCUGGUGACGGCAGAGGACGGAGAGGGAGCGGGCGAGGCUCGGAGCUCUGGAGACGGGACAGAGUGGGCGGAGCCUCUCCCGUUUCCUCCCGGCAGUGGGAAGUCCUUCCUGUUAGGCAGCUCAGACGACGUGUUGGAGAGCGUGCUGGGUUUGGGCGACCUCGCUGACCUCACAGUCACCAACGACGAAACAGACUACAGCUACGAUCUGCCGUCCAAUAAGGAGUCUUCGUUCAGGAAGACGUGGAACCCGAAGUACACGCUGCGGAGCCACUUUGACGGCGUUCGAGCGCUGGCCUUCCACCCUGUGGAGCCCUGUCUGGUCACCGUGUCCGAGGAUCACACCCUCAAACUGUGGAACCUCACGAAGACCGUCCCUGCCAAAAAAAGUGCCUCUUUUGAUGUUGAGCCCGUCUAUACAUUCAGAGCCCAUGUCGGUCCAGUGUUGUCGUUGGCGAUGACCUCCAGUGGUGAACAGUGUUUCACUGGAGGCAUCGACUCGACCAUCCAGUGGUGGAACAUCCCCAGCUCUAAUGUCGACCCCUAUGAUACCUACGAUCCCAGCGUCCUGGCGGGGUCGUGGUUGGGACACACGGACGCUGUGUGGGGAUUGGCUUACAGCGGCAUCAAGAACCGCCUCCUGUCCUGCUCGGCUGACGGAACGGUGAAACUGUGGAACCCGACGGAGAAGAACCCCUGCAUCAGCACUUUCAACACAAACAAAGAGCAUGGGGUCCCCACGUCGGUGGACUUUAACGGGUGUGACCCCGCCCACAUGGUAGCGUCGUUUAACGGCGGAGAUGUGGUGGUGUACGACCUGGAGACUUCCCAGAAUGCACUGGUGCUGAAGGGUCAGGGAGAAGGCACACUCCCGGGUUCGAAUCAUAUCAAUAAGGUGGUGAGUCAUCCCACGUUGCCGGUCACCAUCACCGCUCAUGAAGACCGACAAAUCAAAUUCUACGAUAACAAGUCAGGUAAAGUGAUCCAUGCCAUGGUGGCUCACCUGGAUGCAGUGACCAGUCUGGCUGUGGACCCUAACGGGAUCUACCUGAUGUCUGGAAGUCACGACUGCUCUCUGCGUCUGUGGAACCUCGACAGUAAAACGUGCGUUCAGGAGAUCACAGCUCACCGUAAGAAGAGCGAAGAGGCCAUCUACGACGUGGCGUUCCACCCCUCCAAGGCCUACAUCGCCUCCGCCGGAGCUGACGCCCUCGCAAGGGUCUACGUGUAGGCGAGGAGGAGGAGAAGAAGAAGCCGAGGACCGCGGGCCGAUAGACAGAGACAGGGAGGGAGACGUAGAGAGAGAGGCUAGUCUGUUCACACACAAACAGUAUUCAGGUCUGUUCAGCUCUCUGAACACAGAUUAUAUAUUAAUGAAAGACUGGAGGUGACCGACUGAACACACACACACACACACACACACACACACACACACACACACACACACACACACACUUUAAGUUAAGUGCAGCAGUGUCGUCUCCCUCUGAUUGACUGUAGACACUGAGAGACGUUCAGCAGCAGAAACGUUGUGGAAACGUUGUUUAAACUCUGCGGGUCGAAGCUGAGCAGCUCACCUGUCCUGUGAUGUCACGAUGACACUACAUGAAGCCCCCCCCCCCCCCCCCCCCUCCCGCGUGUAAACACAAGUCUGACCGCCGUAUCUCAACAGCAGGAGCAGAUGCGGAAUUUACAGGAAAAAUCCUCCCCAUGAAUCAGCGCUCUGUGAUGUUCUUGUUUCUGUGUUCACUCGUUUCUUCUGUGGACGACGUCAGACGUAGGUUUUGGUGUCGGUCCUUCGAUCUUCAACAGAGAACUGUUUCCACAGAGGCCAGGGAGAAAAAUAACAUUUUGGUGAUCCAUUUUCUAAGUGAUCUUAUGUUUUUAUCUCCUGUGUUUAUGGCCUAAAAACUAAGUUUUGCCAGGAUAAUCUUUCUACGUUUUUUUUUUUUUUGUGAGAACAGGUGGAAAUAAAAAGCUUUGCAGGGAUUUUGUUUUUGUUUUAAUCCUCAUUUUGGCCACUUACUGACUGUUCUCAAUAGACCAAAAGAUUUCUUGUUUUAAUUUCUCCUUGCACUCUAAACACAAGUUCUGUAACAUUACUGUCACUAUUAAUCGGCGCUAUUCUGCCGGUUUUUUUAUGACUUAAAAAACAAUUGAUUAUCGUAGUUGCAGAUUAAUUUUCAUAAACACAGGAGAGAAAACAAUCGAUCUUGGAAUUAGUUUUUUUUCACUUGCCUCUCGUACGGUUCACGUCUGUGAUUCUUUUUUUGUCUUUAUUGGCUAGUGAGAUGACAGGAAAUGAGGGACACAACAAAGGUCCCCAGCUGGACUCGGGGACGUUGUUGUUUAUAUCGGCGUCUUAACCCGUAAACAUUUUGGGGACGCCCAGAACCUUUACCAAGUAUGUGUCCUCGUGAGGUCGGUGGCGAUGCAGUGAAUACUUGGUCUCUCUUGGAAGUUAACGUUUAAGUCAAACAUACAUGUGCCAGCCACCAUCACAUGACUCUUGUCCGACAGAACGCUCUGCACUUCAUCAACAGCCAGUGCCAACCCUCCUGCAGUCGCACCAUUUUAGCGGCUCGUUCGUCGACACUUCUGUGGUUCUAUUUGCCAAAUAGCAGAUAACGGGGCUCACGGGGCUCACAUCUCCGACUCAGAAUUACAACAGUGGCUUUUCCAACUCUGCUGCUCACAUUCACAGUCUGAACUAUGUAACCUGAACGCAGCAUGACUUCACUGUUACUUUGAUAAGUGAGCGUUGCAUUCAGCGCUGCUGAAACAGAACAUUCACUUAAUAUCGUUGCUGUUGCAGUUCCUCCUCCAUUAAUGAAGAAUAUCCGUUUAAUGGUGCAACGGUGUGUUGACGUCUGGUGGAUGCUUUGCGUUUCACCGGGAUACAGCGAUGACGACAAUGUAAACAAAUGUUUAGUUAUGCUGAAAAACCUUGAAACAUCAGACGGAGAAAAGACACUUAGAGGAAAUAUUAGAAAUGUCUAGUUGAGCCUGAGAGGAAACUUUCUUCAACUUGAAGUAAAUGAAACGGUUCUAUCGUUGAAGCGUGUUGCUUGUCAAAAAUGAAACUGAACGGAACAUCUGUGGGGGAUUUUUCCUUUAAAGCGUCUCCAGCUGCAGCAGUCGGAGAAGAAGAGUAUCUAACGCAGGAACAGGAAGUCUGAAGUUUUAACCAGUCAAGGUUUUGUUGUGUUUAAGUUUUUUUAAAUCUUAAAAUCUGAAGCUUCAGAUUGUCUUUUUUUACUGUGUUUUUAAGAAGAUUAAGAAUUUAACAAGUUAAAAUAUAUCAACUUAAAGAAACUGAACAUCACGUGUUGGUUUUGUUACUAAAUACUUAAACGACCACAUCGGGUUAGAAAUCAGAUUUUCUGUUCGUCUCUCUGACGAGGUGUGAGCUGAUUGGACGUCUGUUCUAAUGGGUACAGAGGAUUGGUUAAUGCACCACCCCCCCCUCAGCCCCUGGCGGGCCAAUCAGAGCCCUGCGUUUAAAACCGCCAAGUUAAGGAGCGAAGGAUUCAGGAUUCAGAAGUUGGCGUUACUGUAGUUGCGUAUGGACGUUUUUCUGUUUGUGUAAAAUAAAUCUAGUUUUUAUAAUCGUUUUUAUAAACGUGGAAACGUCUCGUUAACGGCACCGAGGAGGAUUCUGGGUCCUCACUCCCGUCCAGUCCUGCCAUCACUCCCGCUCUCAGUGGAGGUUUCACGUCAUGUAGAAAGUAGAGGAGAGAGGGAGGAGCUGCUGAGGAGUGUUGAGAUGCAGCCGAGGAGGCGCUAACGAGCUCCGUUUGUCGGUCAGCGUCUGUCCCGGUCACGCACACAAAGAUUAUAAUUUUUUAUUUAUAUAAAGAAAUCCAUUAAAACAGAAGUACAAACAUUUCUAACCCCUCAACCCACCCAACUACCUUCUGUUAAUUGACUUUCCAAAUUGGUACCUGAACGCAGCACAGUCUCAGUGUAAAGGAGGUGCUGCUGCAGGAACUCCUCUGUAGUCGGUCUGAUUUAAGGAGAAGCUGCAGGUCCAUCCCUCGUGGCUUCACCCUCCGCUGCUCCUCCUCCUGUCACUGUGUGAGUUUUCUCUUCACGUCGAGUACAUUUGACUUUUCUUCAUCACAGCUUCAACAAAGCCGGAGUAAAGUUAUUUAUAUCAUUUUUUAAUUUUAUUUUAGUCUCGUCCUUAUAAGGAAAAAAGAACCGGUUUGAGCUCCAGGAGAAAACGCUCCAAUCAGACGCCUCUCGGGGCCCGUUUUUGAAAACAAAAGCUGCCACCUGAUUGGCCGAACAUCCAGACCAGAGUUUUAUUUCAUCGUUGUGGUUUGUUUUAAUUUAAUUUUUUUAACUGAAGGGAUUUGUAACGCGAGCGUCUCCUGGUUGAUCACAAAUCUUUAUUUUUCUUUUCACCCACGCUACAACUUACUGUGUAACUAAAGACUUUUUUGUUUGUGUAAUGCAUGAUUAAUACAAUAAAAGUAUUUUUUCUAGUCUUCCAAAAAAAAUGGGGGAAAAAAAGUUCUGAUCAGUUUGCGAGUUUUGAUGAGUUUUGUAAUUUUUUUUUUUUUUUUUUUUUUUUUGAUUUACAAACUAUGAAACAGCAGAUUUUAAAGAUUGUACCACAUAGCAGAAUACAACUGUUGAAAUGUAUAUAAAAUGUCUAUAAUAACUAUUAAAUGGUGUACCUGUACA